AUGUGGAAACAGCCGCAGCCACGGCCGCAGUUGCCGGGGGCUUUUCUUGUGCCACGCCCCUCAGCCCCCGCCGAGACAAGUGUGUCGACGUCAUCGCGCACCGAUGACUCCUACAGCGGCAGCUACAGCUACACCGGAACAGAGUCCACUACGGAAACGGAGACGGCGGCAGAGGCCGUGCCGCAGACCGGGCAAAAACGGCUUCUGGCGCGCCCGGAUUUACCACCACGCGUGCCGCAAACACCACGGCAGCCUGCGAUGGCGCAGGCCGCUCUAUCGCGCUCUGCUGGGGCUGCACGAGGAAAAGCAACCAACACUGCAACUGCCUCAUCUGACAGCCAUGGCGACAGUGAGGGGUAUAGUUAUAGCUACAGCUACAGUGGGGAGGAAGACGACGUAAGCAGUAGUGGCAGUUAUUCUGGUUCUAGCAGCAGCUACAGCUAUAGCACGGAGUCCACCAAGAGGGGCAAAGAUGGAGCAAGGAGAGACGAACGCUGGGCGAAGAAUGAGGCUGUGAGGCCAGAUGAAUCACCCUCGUCCUACACAUACUCGGGAAGUCGCUCAACGGGAGAUGGAGGGGACGCAGAGUCCAGAACCCGUACUUCCUCCUACAGCGGUUCGGCGUCGGGAUCCUACACCGACAGCUACUCCUAUUCAGGUGCGACGGGGAGCAAGGACAGCUACAGCUACUCCACCGCUGGGACCACCACGUCAGGGGCAACGACGUCAGGCGUGACAAGAGACUCAGAAGGCAUCACGGGAUCCUCCACGGUAACGGAGAGGAGCAGCGCGAGAAACCUACGGAAAGGCGUUGGAAGCGUUGCAUCCCAGAGUUAUUCGUAUUCCUACACGGGCGAGGAAACAGAAGAAACUUCUUCUACGCAGCGACACGCCUCCGCGUCCACCACAGAGCUGGAGGAAGAUGAAACGAAAUUGACUGUAAGUACCACACAAGAAGGAAAAAGUGGCUCCCAUGGGUCCUUGCGAAUGAAACCCACGAAGGUGCGUGCGCCGUCUCAGUAUUUGACUCUGAGUGAAGCAACAGAGACCACAGAGUCAACGACUUCUCUAAUAACUGGCAGUGGUACAAGUGGCUCGUUGAGAAAAUCUAGCGAAAUUGAGCAUUCGGAUUCAGCGUCGACAUCUUCACCGGGAAGAGAGAUCCUUGGUGAGGGGGCUGGGCCGAUUGAUGUGCCGCAGUCAAUGCCACUAACGCAGACUCGUGAGGUGGUUAUGCUAACUACGCCACCGGAGGAUGCGCCGCGGUUCCGUGUUUUGCCGCCUGCUUGUCUGGUGCCCCGUGGCUCGGCAAACGACACACUUUUGCAUUUCCUUGAGCGACUGAUGGAAAUUCAGAGAGACUCUUUGCGAAGAGAGGCAGAGAAGAAGGCAGCCGCAUCAGCCGCGACGGCAACAAAGCGGGAUGGUGAAAAGUCAAAAUGCGCAAAGCGUAACCCAACGACGAAGGAGGACAAGAGUGGUGAGAGCCCACAGGCGGAGGGCGGCAGCAGCCAAGCCGUCAUGGAUGUUCCGUACCAGCAUCUCAUCAAGAAGAGCUUAAAGUUUGCAUUAAAGGCUGUUGGUGUGGAAACCGCGGAGGAACGCGCUGUUGCAUUAAAGGGGUGUGUUAUUCCAAUGCACCGUAAUGCCGCACUGGCAAUGGUGGAUGCGUACGCACACAAAUCUCUUCUCCGACGCAUUACCUCCAUGUUUGUAGCGCAUGAUAAAUUUCGGUCUGGUGAGGUGUCCCUGAAUGUGGCACUGGAACUGCUUGGCCGUUGCGGCAUCGCCUACCAAGAUCUGGGGAAUGUUACACUGAGCUUAUGCGUCUCUUCGCCGAAAGGGCGUACACCCUUGCUCUGCGUUAUUCAGCGGAUGCCGCUCCCUGGUCCCCCCAGCGCCACCGUCGAGGGUGAGGAGCCACCACCCCUCGAGACAAAUAUAAAUGAGGAGGUUGUAGAUGUGUGCAACAGUGCAUUUCGUACCGGUGGUGCAAAGUUGUAUUGGGAUAAUCGCAAGGGUUCAAUCUACGUGGGAAAUCGAAGGGUCAUUAAAAGGAUUGCAUCAUCCGAGGCCGCUAAGAGUAUACUUGUUCACCUUGAGGCACUCAUUCACGUUUGCUUUGCAGUGGAGGCAUGCGUUUUGUGGGAUCAGCCGUUGUCCGUGGUCCUGUACACCCCGUUACUCGCCGCGCUCCUACCCGCGACGUCCGAGGGUGACUCAGGGGAGAAGUCCAUUUUGAUAGAAAACGCCUUGGUGUCGGUGCUUAACCCCGUGAGGCAGCUGAAACGAUUGUCUGCGCACCAACAUCUGCAGGAACAGUAUUUGAUGAACGGCGACGAAGCCAUUUUGUGCGACGUGCUUCCUGAACGCCAGACGGCUGCUGCUGGGACAGCAAUAGAGCAGCUGCGUCGACGUGUCGAUUGGGCGCCCCGUCCUGCCUCUGACGGAGGCGGUUUUGAAGUGACGGCGCCGAUGAAUUCCAGCGACGUGUACUGCGAAGUGGGCCUUAAAAAACUUCGGCUGGACGCCUCGACGCCUGCGGGGGCACGUUGCUACUGUCUUGUGAGUGCGCGGAUGGUGUCUAGCGGUGCGUGGAUGCCGGCCGUCAGCAUUCCCGCUGUGUCGACAAAGAGCAGCAAGAAGGAUGGGUUUAAGUGGACCUUCUCCUACGAUGCAAGUCAACGUGUCUUGUUUGCGGGCAAAGUGGCCGAUACAAUUUGCAUUGAGGCAUGCUACGACGUGGAAGAGGGCGGCGGUGAGACGGUUACGUGGUGUGCGGGUCACGUGUUGGUGGCCUGCAGUAACGCAAAAAGCGGCAAACUCGCCGUUGCCAGGGGUAGUCUUCUCUCCGACGUUGCCCCACCCGCCCCGGUGCCAAAACUCGUGGGUCCCGCAAAAGGUUUUUGGUGUUUUUGUAAAAAAAAGAAAGAUGCGGCACCCGCCACUUCCAUUUCGAUUGUGGUGAAAGAGGUCCAGCCGAAGUCGCUCCCGGUGCGUGCCAACUUGCCGCCGAGAUUUCUCACGCUUCGACGGCAUGUAUCGCUAAUGUCGCAGCUGCGGGCCGCCAUUCUGAGCGUUGGCGAAUCUCGCAUGACCCCGUUACAGGCACUCCGUCAGCAACAAGUCCAAAAUUGUCUCGCAGUCAUGGCAAGCCCCGUGCUUAUGGAUCUGAUGCAGGCGCUAUGGGAGCGGACCUUGAAGGGGAAAAUGGAGAAGAAGCCAAAGGAUGUGGCACAGCGGCAAAAGGCGAUGCUGUCGCUCGCCACCAAGAUUAUAUCCGUCCAUAACAGCAUUGCUGGUAGUCCCGAGGUCAUUCUGGACAUCUUGGGUCGCGGCGCGGCUAUCGCGGCUCCGGUAAAUCCGCUGGCGCCUCAGCGCCCUGUGGAGGUUUGA